AGGGCAUGAGGUGUAAUGCCUCGGUUAGUCGGACCGCCCCUUUGACUUUUGGGUCUCUUACCCGAAGAAUGAUAGUUGUUUUUAUCUCAAGAAAUCGAUAAAAAAGAAAGUUCCUGCGCUUGGAAACUUAGCUGACAGGAAGAGGGGUGCGCAGCUUGGAGUCUAAGAACUACACCGCAGCAACCCGAACGCUCCGAUCCUUCCGCGGUACGUAACGCGGAAGAGCUAGGGAAAGAAUUGGUGGCCUUCUGUAGUGAGGAACGAGAAAGGAGUGAUAGUAGGAGAGGAAGGCUGAAUACUCUGGGGAGAAUGGGACAAAGAAGGACCUAAAUGGCUGACGUUGAAAAUCUGCUAUGGAAAAAUUAGAAAAAGCAGCGAGGAAAGAGGAGAGGAGGCAUCCACACUGGGUUCCAUAGGGGAGAAAAGGGUGGAUUCUGCAAAUAGAAGAGAGUCCACUCCAGAAAGUGAUUGGCCGGACCAUGGGAACCCAAAAGCCGCGAAUCUUGCCCUGGCUGGUGUCGCAGCUGGACCUGGGGCAACUGGAGGGUGUGGCCUGGCUGGACGAGAGCCGCAAGCGCUUCCGCAUACCCUGGAAGCACGGCCUGCGACAGGACGCGCAGCAGGAAGACUUCGGCAUCUUUCAGGCCUGGGCGGAGGCCAGUGGUGCCUACACUCCUGGGAAGGAUAAACCUGACCUGCCGACCUGGAAGAGGAAUUUUCGGUCUGCCCUGAAUCGGAAGGAAGUGUUGCGUUUAGCUGAGGAUCGGAGCAAGGACCCCCAUGACCCUCAUAAGAUCUAUGAGUUUGUGAGCACAGGAACUGGGGACUUUUCCCAGGUUGAUACCUCUCCAGACACCAGUGGUGGAGGCAGUACCUCAGACACCCAGGAAGACAUCUUGGAGUUACUCAAUGACAUGAUCUUGGCCCCAGCCCCAGAUAUGGGCCCCCCAGGUUUGGGUGUGGUCCCUGAGCACUGCUCUCAGCUCUUGUUGAGCCCCAACUUGGAAAACCCCAUGCCCUGUCCAAACCUGGCACCUCCUGAAAACCCACUAAAGCGACUGUUGGUACCUGAAGAACAGUGGGAGUAUGAAGUGACUGCCUUCUACCGGGGCCGCCAAGUCUUCCAGAAGACCAAAUUCUGCCCAGGGGGCCUACGGCUAGUGGGCUCAGAAGCUGGGGACAGGACACUACCUGGACAGCCAAUAACAUUGCCAGACCCUGGGGUUUCCCUGACAGACAGAGGAGUGGUGGGCUAUGUGAAACGUGUACUAAGCUGCCUAGGAGGGGGACUGGCACUCUGGCGGUCAGGGCAGAGACUCUGGGCCCGGCGGCUGGGGCACAGCCAUGCAUACUGGGCUGUGGGCGAGGAGCUGUUCCCUGACAAUGGGCAUGGGCAUGAUGGUGAAGUCCCCAAGGACAACGAUGGAGUUGUGUUCGACUUGGGGCCCUUUGUGGCACAUCUGAUUUCCUUCAUGGAAGGAAGCAGACGGUCACCACGAUACACCCUGUGGUUYUGCAUAGGGGAGUCAUGGCCGCAGGACAAGCCAUGGGUGAAGAGGCUUGUGAUGGUCAAGGUGGUACCCACAUGCCUCAGGGCCCUGUUGGACAUGGCCCGAUCAGGGGGCGCCUCCUCACUGGAGAAUACCAUAGACCUACACAUUUCCAACAGCCACCCCCUCUCCCUCACCUCCGACCAGUACAAGGCCUACCUACAGGACCUGGUUGAGGACAUGGAUUUCUAGGUCACUGGGGAGGCCUGAACCCUGACUCUUCACUUUGACCAAUAAACCAUUUUCCUGCUACAGCCAUCACUUGUGUUUCUGGUGUUGGAUGUCCCAGAGCAGCCCUGACCUUCGGCUGGUUGUUAUUYCUGCUGGGGUCUCAGUUUACUUUUCUGUGCAGUUAUCAUAACUAAGAUGCUCAAUGU